AUGACCACCUCCCUGCGCAAGAAAUAUAACAGGAUCAAGCUCAAGAUCACCAAACAAAACGCUGCGCAGCUCCAGGCCCAGCUCGGCGCCCAACUUCAUUCCCAGCUCUUGCCCAAAAUUGACCUCCGGAAUCUUGAAAACAAGCAGCUGCUCCGGACUUGCAGUGCUCUAAAACUGCAGAUCUUCAAGAUUCUCGUGCUCUGGAAGGUGCUGAAAGUGGCUAUCCAUGUUGUCCAAUUGUUUCAUCCUUCCAUCAAAAUAUCUCACAAGUUCCUCAAACCCCGGGAUAGCAAGGCCCUCACAAUCUCAUACCACCAUAAAUUGUGUGGCCUUUGA